UUAGUAUUUAUCACAAAAUUACAUCUGAAAAGCACAAACACAUUUUUCAUGAAAAUAUCAUUAAUACUAGAUGAGCAUAUUGUUGUUAUACUAAGAAUACAUCAUUAAAGUGUGACCUUUGGAUUAAUUUCAGGUUGAAAGACUGAUUUAAAUAUAUACACAGUAAAACUAAGUACAAUCUUUAAUAUAAUCUAUUUCAAGAUAUUUCGAAAUAUGGCAACAUCUGCAGAUUUCAGCGAAUCAGUGAUAGAAGCCUCUGAUGAACUUGUGGACAUUUACUGUGAACCCUGUGCAGAUGAUGGGAAACAAAUUGAAGCUGAAGGAUUUUGUGUGGACUGUUCCGAGUAUCUGUGUGGACAAUGUUACAAGAACCACACAAGAUAUAAAGCAUUUAAACACCAUGUGCUUCAAGAUAAGAAUAAAAUGCCUGUGGAUGCAGCAAAAGCUCGUGUAACAGAUGUUUGCAUAGAAAAGUGUGCAGUCCACUCUGCAAAGGUUAUUGAAUAUUUCUGCAGGUCAUGUGAUAAACUAGGUUGUACAGCCUGUAUUACUGUCAACCAUCGCCUAUGCAAAAAUGUGGAUCACAUACCUAACAUUGUCAAAGAUCUUGAAAAAAGUGAAGAAUUGAAAGAAUUUAAGAGCAAGCUAGAUAAAAAGCUAGAGGCAGUUACUGAAAGAAAGAAAAAAAUCACAUCAAGUAAGACUCAAACAGAAGGAAUGAAAACAAAAGCAAAGGCAGAGCUGAAACAACAGCAAGAAGAAAUAAAGAAUUUUUUCGCAAACCUUGAACUGGAAAUGGAAAGACGAAUAGAAGAUAUUGAUAAAAAUAAUAAAGAAACUCUGAAAACAGCAGCAACUACAUGUGAUUUCAUCAAUGAUGAACUUGACAAAAUGAAAUCUGACACUGAUAAUAAACUGAAAAAUGAACAAAAAUGUGAACUGUUUAUAGCUAUGAAACGCCAUAAAUCAAUAAUGGAUGAAGUUGACAAGGAAUUUGAAAAGUUGGAAACAGAGAGCAAAAUACAAAGGUAUGCUUUGACACCUUCCUCUCAAAUGGAGGCAGUGAUGAAGAGUACAUCUGAAAUCUGUACACUGAGAACCACAAAGUUUGGGUCAGAAAUAAAUGUUGGCACCAAAAAUGACAAAGAAAAGCCUGUAGUUUGUGGACAUGCAAUGGUACAGAAUCAUUAUCUCGCAAUAACAGACUUAAGUAAUGGAUCAGUCAAAGUAUUUGACACAAGGAAAAUGAACCUGGUAUCAGAAAUGGACAUGAGUAAUGUUAGAUGCAUAACAAGUGUGAAAGAUAAACAAAUUGCAGUGUUACUUAGAUCUGGUAAACAGAGUAAAAUCUUCAUCCUGUCAAUAUCAACAUUUGGUUCAUUGAGUAAAGAUUACCAAAUACCUGUAAAUAUUGAAUCUGACAGCAUGGCAUACAGCAGAGACAAACUGUUUAUAGUUGCCCGUAACAAAAUAGUAGUCAUUGAUAUGCAAGGCCAGCUUCUUGAAACAAUUAAAACUACAUAUUCUAAACAUAUAGCAUUAAGUCCAGACCAAGAAACCAUCUACAUGACCAAUGUUCUUGACAACACAGUGACCAGUAUGACCUUAGAAGGCAAGAUAAAGACAGUCUACCAGGACGAGGACCUAAAAUUCCCACAAGGCAUUACAGUGGACAAUGAAGGUUUAGUAUAUGUUAGGAAUUAUGGAAACUCCAAUGUACAUCAGCUGACUGCAGACUGCACAAAGGUUCAAAUACUCAUAGAAAAUGUGCCUGGCACAACAAUCACUUACUCGAACACAGAAAAAAGAUUUUAUCUGGGAUGUGCUAAUAUGGUCAAAGUGUAUCAAAUGGAAUAGAAGAGUAUAUGAUACACUAAAAAGGAGACUAUUUCAAAGUGAAAACCAAAUUCAUUGAACUCACAUCACACUUUUAACAUUAUAGAAAAUUACAAACAAUAUUUUUGGUUCUAUGAAUCAACAUACUGGUAAUGUUUUUUGCAAAAAAAAAAAUCAUUGUAAAUAUUAUUCAAUGUUAUACUGAACACUCAAACUGACUGGAAACUAUUUUGAACGUAUUGCAAUAUCAGAAAAAAUAUUCAAGACAGUUCUAAUGGAUAUUAUGUCAUAAAUAAUAGCAGUUUGGAACAGAGGACAAUCACUGUCGAAAUGAUAUUAUGCUUCGUGGCAUUUUAACUUCCAGUUAGUUUAGUUUAUACUACAUGUAAUUUGUUUUAGCUUGAUUGUGAUGAAAGCUUCCAGUUACAAGAAGGAGUAUACAAAAUAAGUUCUUCAUGCUGGGCAAUUAGUCCUUUAAGCCACUGAACUGCUUAUUCAUUAUUCUGCCCACUUCAUUUUACAACUAAAAUCAUAUUUUCUUAGAUCUACUUGUAACUUAAUAUUGACUAUAGAACAUAAUCACAAUGUCUUAUUGUUCUUUGUCAGUCCUUUCUCUUUACCCUUAAUUUGUAAUACUUUGCUGACUCCUCAUAUCUGUUCUGUUCUGUUCAUACCUGAACAUUCUACAUUCUAUCUGCCAACACUAUUCUACAACAGCAUUGUGCACCUGUGUUUUUGCUUUAUUAAUUAAUCCAUAUGCCUUGCGGGUGCAGACGCUCAUCUGAUUUUUUUGUAUAAUAGAAAAGUUGUC